AAUAAUUCUAACUUUGCUAAACGAUCAGUUUAAUCCUCAAUACUAUUAGACCUAUGAAAAUUUAUAAGCAGACUGGACGAUUCUAAGUCAAAUGUAAAUAAUACAUGACAUAAAGUCUACGAUAUAAUGGCAUGAGUACAAUCGUAUAUAGGCCUAGAUGGGUGAUGCUACACAUUGGGCUGUCAACUUAAAUUAGGGCUGUCAACUCAAAAUGGCCAUUGAUAAUAUUUGAUUGGAAAUUUGAGAUGAUGUGUAUGAAAAACUGAGUAGCGGGUAACAGAAAUGAAAUGACGGCACUCAAACUGAAAAGAUGGGGACUAGAAAAUGAGAUGAUUGGGACCAAAUACUGAGAUGACAGAUGACAACAUUUUUGGCUGAUAGAUAGAUACAAAUAAACAAACAAGUAGCCUAAAAUAGUAGCCAAUGUAAAGCUAACACUGUCUUUGUCUUCAAGUACGCUAUAGUUGAAGUCACAAGAUAUUGUCACUCGUGAAAAUAUCACAUCAGAGACUUUUUCUUGACAUUCCAUAUAAAAUCAAUCGGGGGCUUUGAAUUCCCCAUACACCAAUAGAAUCAAUGGAUUUAACAAGAUUUAUCAAUGGCAAUAAGUAACUAUAAGAAUCACUUUGUCUUAGACACUAACAUGUACCAACUGUCCAAAAGCUAAAUAAGAUCUCUGUCAGUUAUAUCUCAUUUUAAUGAAAAACAGAUUAAAAAUUUCAUAACAAGGAUCAGAUCUAAAAACAAGAUAUCUUGGGGUCUAUAUAAUAGUCUAGAACUGUGCCUUGAGAUAUCUACAUACUCAAAGUAAACAUACAUCACAUUAAUGUUACACAGAAGGUGUGACAUAAUCCUAGUGUCUGAAGGCUGACAUCAACUAAGGUAUAAGAAACAAAUCCAAUGUGUUUAAUGGAUCAACUAGCUACGAUCAAAAUCAAGUAGUAUAGUCAAAUUAGGAUUUUACUGUUCCUACAAUAUAUCAGUAACAUCACCCUUACAGAAAACCAAGAAUGGAGAGAAAGAAAGUCUUGUUAAAGAAACUUAUUCGAUUGAAAACACUCAUGAAAGCUUGUGAUAAAGAGCAAAAUGAUAUGAUUGAAAAAUUAGAGGCAUAUGUACUUGAGUUGCAAUUGAAUGGGCCAUCCUUCAAAGAAAAUGCCCAAACGACUGAAGCCAAAAAUGGUGAAAUGGAUAAACUAAACAAAAAAAUCUGUAAAUUAUCAGAACAGAUCGAAAUCAAUGUUACACAGCAGAAAAAAAUCUUAGAAGAGUUGAAGAGAUUGACAGAAGGUCCUCAUCCUGCAAUAACUCCUCAAAGGUCAGAAACACCUGUGAAAGAUGAACCUAAAGUUGGUGCUGAAAAAACAGCAAAAGUUGAAGAAGUUGCAGCUCAGAGUAUUGUUAUUAGCGAUACAAUGGGUGAAAACAAAUAUGAAGUCUAUGAACAUAAUGAAGAUACGCAGAAUGUUAUUUAUCAUAUAACAUGUGAAAAAUGCGGUGUUGGUGCCACAUACAUUGGCAGUACAACAAAGGCAUCUCAUGAACGUAAAAUGUGCCACAUUGGAAAAGUUAAAUCAAGCGUAAAUUAUUAUGAGCUUUUAUACAAGCAUUUUGUAAAUUGUGGCAUAAAAAAUUUCAAGUAUACCACAAUUGACCACGAGCCAGAUGAAGACAAGUUAAAAUGUUUGGAAACUGCCUACAUGACAAGAUUAAGGACAAUUUAUCAUGGAAGAGAUCUAAGAUCAGGGAAAAUUAACCUAAAUUGA